AUGGUCCUGGACGCGGUCCGGAGCGGGUCGUACCGGGGCCGCCUCGCCGCGGACGAGCCCGUGGAGGGGAAGCUGGAGCCCCGCCCGGCAGCGUGGUGGACGGGCUCAGCGCCGCCGUGCUCGCGGAGUGCGAGAUCCGGGGCAAGACGGCCAGCCUGGUGGGUGACGUGGCCCGCGAGCGCCACUCCCGCCGAGCUUGGGGUCACGCGGCGCGUGACGGAGGAGCUUGGUGUCGACACCGGCAAGGUCGCGACGAGGGUCUUCGGCCGGCCCAAGCUGGAUGCGUUGUACUCGGCGGCGGGGCGCUUCUUGGGCGGCUGCGGCAGGGAGGGCGACGGGGACCAGACCGCCUUGUUCUGCUUCGACGAGGACGAUGCCGCGGAGGAGGUGGAGGACAACAUGGCGGCAUGGCGCCGUGGACUCAAGAGAUCCAACGCUGCGAGAUCCACGGGGUCUUGGUGGGAGAGGGUAAGAAGAAGAUAA